AUGGGAAAUAGUCUCAGCACUUUGAAGCCGCUAUUUUCGAGUUCUUCUGCCCUUCUUCUCCUUCUUGCUGUCAUAACUCAUGUACCCGUUGUCACGGCUAGUGGUCCUUUUGAAAGAGAAGAGUGCGCUGCGUACAUCACAGCAGAAUAUAAUAAGACGAAUGGCACUAGAUGGAAUUCAUCAAUACUCUUCUCGAUCGCUAACAUUUCCGAACCGAUUCUCACUCUUAAUGGAUGCGAGACGAUAUGUGGGGCGGGGACAGGAUGGUACCCAGACAUAGGGCCUCGUCUCGUGGAAUGGUUUCUUCCGAUAUUCCUGCUUAUCUCCAACAUGCAAUUUCCUCUCAUCGGAAUGGAAAGUUUUUUUCUCGUGCUGCACUUACUCGGAGACCCGAUUGAUUCGACUUGGUCACUCCUGGACAAAAUCGAUAGCUGGAAUCGAUGCUGUGCCUUAGCUCGAAAAAGACUCACCAAUGAAGCGGAUAUCUGGUGCCUCGCCAUCAUUUAUGCAGCUCGGAGAGAGAUUGAAGACGUUUCUGAUUACCAGCUAGAACAAACCGAUAUCAAUAUAACUUCGGUCAGAACGACUGCGAGCGAUCUCUUGAGGCAAAGAAAGAACGAGAUCUUUCGGACAGUUUUUGCUGUUGCGAUGUAUAUCUUCCAGGUUAUUUCGGCUUUCGUCCCUUCCGUCGGAGCGUCAUCGAGCCCUUCAGGGGGAAAGAUUGGCACUGCGAUGCUCCUGUCUUGGCUUGUGCCUGUUGUCAUGUUGAGUAAUACAGUUGGUGAUUUGGGUUCUCCUGCGAGUACCGAGAAAACUAUAUCAACGUUCAUGGCCAGCAAUAAACAACCGAGAAACAUAAUCAACGUCUCGGUUUGGUCUGGUGCUCUAUACUCUUAUCGUCCGAACAAAGGUCUCGGCAACUCGGGAUGGAGAUUAGCUACCAUCUCCGCUCUCCCCGUCGCGAUUGCUUUCGGAACAUCUUUCACAGUUCUUGAAGCAGGACCUACAUACUUCAGUUGUCGUUCGCUUUUUGUCAUUGGGGCAUCUGCAUACUGGGGCUUGAGCGCACUCUUGACGUACACCUUCUCGCGAAAAGCCGUGCAAUCCUGUUUCUCAUCAGGAAAACAUCUCUGGUACGUCAUCUUGGUGAAAGAUUUCCUGGUCGCUGCUCCCAUCCUGAGCUUGAUUGUCGCCUCUAGCUGUGGAUAUUGGAAUACCUGCUAUUGCUGGGGCGGAGGUCCAGCGCAUGGGGACAAUACUAAGGUUCCAUUGAACCCGACGAACAUCUUCAAUUUCAACAACGGGAAGUUCUACCCUGCCAUAGUAGGAACUGGUCUCGGAUUCCAGCUUAUAGUCUUCUUGGUUAUGCUGGGAUUCGGAUGGCAUGGUCUCAGGGCCCUGGGGCUCCGGCUGCCUUUGCUGAACUGGAUGACCUCGUGGUGGUGGGAAAGGAGGGUGGUUCGGGGUUCCAAUCGACUUGCACCAGUGGCUGAAGCUGAACCUCAGUGGGAAAACAGAGAAUUGAGUUGUAUGGGUAUAAUGGAUGAAAAUCAGGGUGGGACGGAAAUAAAGUGCGAGGAAGUGUAAGAAAGGCUUCCAGAAAGUAAGACCAAGACCUUCAGGAGCUUUCGCGAGGGUGUCCAUCUUUGUAAUCAGCUUCUAAUGCAGUCUUCUCAAUGUGAUUGCGGGGAGGUCUUUCUUCCCUGUCCUCAGAUCAAAAGAUCAGCC